AUGCAUGAAAGAGUGCCGGUGGCAACAUUUGUUGUGGCUGUUAUGUGUGGUACCGAUAAACUAAGAUGGGAUGUCUUCUUGAACAUGGUGCUGGUCAGCGUUGGAGUUGUAAUUUCCUCAUAUGGGGAAAUACAUUUUAAUGUGCUUGGCACAGUUUACCAAGUUACUGGCAUAUUUGCAGAAGCUCUAAGGCUAGUCUUGACGCAAGUACUUUUACAAAAGAAGGGAUUAACUUUAAAUCCCAUUACAAGUUUAUACUACAUUGCUCCAUGCAGUUUUGCGUUCUUGUUCAUCCCUUGGUAUUUUCUGGAGAAGCCUGGGAUGGAAGUGAUGCAAAUUCAGUUCAAUUUCUGGAUUUUCUUCUCGAAUGCCAUAUGCGCACUGCUGUUGAACUUCUCGAUUUUCUUGGUGAUCGGUAGAACUGGGGCAGUUACUGUUCGAGUAGCAGGUGUUCUCAAGGAUUGGAUACUAAUUGCCCUCUCGACAGUGAUUUUCCCAGAAUCUACCAUUACGGGCCUAAACAUUAUUGGCUACGCCAUUGCACUUUGUGGGGUUGUCUUGUACAAUUAUUUGAAGGUUAGAGAAGUUGGGGGACAACAAAAUCCCGAUGGUAUUCCUGAAAGGAUCUCAAAGGAGUGGAAGUUAACAAAGAAGUCAUCAGAUGUAUACAGACCUGAUAACAACAUCAAUAACAAUGGCGACGAAAAUGGAAGCAAAAGUAGCAGUUUGACUUCUGAUUUCCCGGUAGAUGAAGAGGCAGCACCGCUCCUCAUUCCUUCUUCUUCAUCCAGGCUGUCACAUAUUGGUCGGACUCAGCAAAAUGCUCGCAAUGCAUGA